AUGAGUGAAGAAUUAAAAUUAUCUAAGAAAUAUACCUUGGAAGCUGAUUCCGAGUUACGCAUUCAAAAAAAGGAUGGAACCGUUAAAGUGUACGUGACAUUGAUAUUGGGCUCUGCUGAAGUUCUUGGCGCUGAGCUAAUAAAAGACAAAAAAUACGAGUUAUCGACAAAUGUUAAUGAAACAAUUUGCACUUCUUGUGGGUGUGUUUUGCACGUAGAAUUUUUAGAUGAUGAAAUCGAAGCUAUUUACAUAUCGAAAGAGUCGACAAUGAGUCAAUAUCGAAAUUACCAUAAAAACUUGGAAGAAAAGCGAAUGGAUGCGGAAAAGAAGGACAAACGCGGUCCAAUCGCUAUGGUGGUCGGUCGUAGAGGUACGGGACGGAGUGAAUUUUGUCGGAUAAUUUUAAAUCUUGCUGGCCGUUCUGCUAGGACUCCUUUAUAUGUUAAUAUUACCGUAGGUAGAGGCGCCAUACCAAUAGCUGGAGUAAUCGGGACAAGUAUUGUUGAACGAAUUGAUAUAGAAAUAGACUUUUGGAAAGAAGGUUCCCCAAUGUAUCAUUUCGGCAGCAUUGAUCCGGAAUCUGACAACAAUUUAUUUCGAACAUUAAUAAAAAAAGUAGCAAAAAACACUUUGGAAUCCAUGAAAGCAAAGAAUACUGUGAAAUAUUCUGGUGUCGUUAUAAACCCUUUUGGUUGGGUAGAAAACGCCGGUUACAAUAAUUUGAUUGAAAUUGCUCAAGUUUUUGGAGUGAAUACUAUUUUUGUGUCGGAUGAGGAGCCUUUAUAUCAAAAAUUUCUUGAAGACGUGCCUUCAUUUAUGAAAGUUGUUCUAUUACCCAAUAUGUGGAGUGCCGUCCCAGAAAAUAAGACCGCACGCACCAAUGCUAGAAAUUUGCAAAUAAACAAAUAUUUUUAUGGACCCAACCUAUCAUUGACCCCUUUUUCCUUUGUGAUUAAAUUCGCUGAUUUGAAGCUGUAUAGCAUUAAUUCUUGUAAACCAUUGAAAGGAGAAAAACAGAAGACCAAGAAAAGCAACGAAGUUCAAUUGAAUGUUAUUAACCCAACCCCGGCUCUUAUCCAUCAUGUGCUUAAUAUAAGUGAUGCCGAAUCAACAGAAGAUGAUGUAUUAGGAACACCUUUAGUCGGCAUUGUAUGCGUUAGUGAGGUGAACAUGGAACAGGAGUUUAUAAAGGUUAUAUCGCCAAAGCUUUGCUUCGUAACGAACAAGUUGGUUCUAUAUUCUGAAGUAAAAGUUAUAAACGAUAAUAACUGA